AUUGAAUUUCAAUUCACCAAUUCGGAAAAAAAAAAAAAAAAGGGCUUUGCAAAUUCUAGCUUUUCUGUUUUCUCUCAAGUUUUCUCGGAUCUCAAGCUGAAUCGCCGUCUGAGUUAGUUCUCAUGAAAUGGGUGGAAAUAAUGCGCCGUCUGAUGAAGUUGUUCAAGAGCUUAUUGAAAUGGGAUUUGAGAGUUCUGAUGCCAUAGAAGCUGUAAAAGCCGUGGGACCAUCAGUUAAUGAUGCGGUUGAGUAUGUUUUGAAUGGUUGUCAUAGGAAUAGUCACAUUGCAUCGACUGGUUCUCAAUGUUCUUCAAGGAAUGGGAGGAGUAAAAGAGGCAUGUCAUCCUUACAAUCUAAGGGUCUAAUGCGACAGUCUAGUAUAUGGGAUCAUUUUCAAUCCACAAGUAAACCAAAGCGAAGCAAAGGUUAUGAUGCACCUGAUGGAAUUGUGUCCCGAUCCCAGGUGUCGCAUAGUCCUGUGGAAGAACAAAAGGGAUCAUUUCCUUUUGUAAAUAAUCAGCUUGAAACUGUGCCUGAACCAUUUUCAGUUUGCUGCUCUGAGGAGCCUGAUAUUGGAUCAAAUUGGGAGCCAAAGGUUAACAGUUUAUUACAAAAGCAUUUUGGUUAUUCAUCCUUGAAGAGUUUCCAGAAGGAAGCCUUGGCUGCUUGGCUCACUCACCAAGACUGUCUUGUUCUUGCCGCAACAGGAUCUGGAAAAUCUCUUUGUUUCCAGAUUCCUACAUUAUUAACAGGAAAGGUUGUGGUUGUGGUUUCUCCUUUGAUAAGCUUGAUGCACGAUCAGUGCUUAAAAUUAUCAAAACAUGGGGUCUCUGCAUGUUUUCUUGGGUCUGGGCAACCAGACAGCAGCGUGGAACAGAAAGCCAUGAGAGGAAUGUAUAAUAUUAUAUAUGUUUGUCCAGAGACAAUUUUGAGACUAAUUAAACCUCUCCAGAGGCUAGCAGAAAGUCAUGGAAUUACAUUAUUUGCAAUUGAUGAAGUCCAUUGUGUAUCUAAGUGGGGCAAUGAUUUUCGUCCCGACUACGGGCGAUUGUCUAUAUUACGAGAGAGUUUCAGUGCCACAAAUUUAAAAUUCUUGAAAUUUGACAUCCCAAUUAUGGCUUUGACUGCUACUGCCACAGUUCGGGUUCGACAAGACAUUCUUGAUUCCUUGCGCAUGUCAAGGGAGACAAAGAUUGUGCUCACUUCAUUUUUCCGUCCAAAUUUACGAUUCUCAGUAAAACAUAGUAGAACAUCAGAGUCUUCAUAUGAGACGGAUUUUCGCCAACUCAUAGAUCUUUAUGCCCGAAAGAAAAUGAUUGGUGAAAAGAAACAAGCUCUAAUCUCACAAGAAUCUGAUUCAGAUCAAUCUUCUGCAAGUGAUUUGAAUGACAUUGAAGAAAGUGAUAUUGACAAAAGUGAUAAUGAAAAUUCAUCAAAGCAAAAUGGUUCAAUUUCUUCAAGGGAAAAGCAAAUGUCAGUAGAGUAUUUAGAAAAUGAGGUUGACAUCUUUCCGUGUGUGGAAUAUUUGGAUGUUGUCUACGGUGAAUUUUCUGGAUUUCCUCAUUGUGAAGAAUGGGGUUUACAGGGGUCAUUUGAGACAAUUGAUCCACCGAAUAAUCCAGAAGCACGGCUGAGGCUUCUGCAAGAGCCUCUAGAACAAGGACCUACCAUUGUAUAUGUUCCUACAAGAAAGGAAACACUGAGCAUUGCGAAGUAUCUUUGCAAGUGUGGAGUUAAGGCUGCUGCUUACAAUGCAGCGUUGCCAAAAUCACAUUUAAGGCAGGUUCACAAGGAAUUCCAUGAAAACUCCCUAGAGGUUGUUGUUGCCACUAUGGCUUUUGGAAUGGGGAUUGACAAGUUGAAUGUUCGAAGAGUCAUGCAUUAUGGUUGGCCACAGAGUUUGGAAGCAUAUUUUCAAGAAGCUGGUCGAGCAGGAAGGGAUGGAAAAUUAGCAGAUUGCAUUUUAUAUGUAAACUUAUCAAGAGUGCCAACACUUCUACCUAGUAAAAGAAGCGAAGAUCAGACAAAACAGGCGUAUAAAAUGUUAUCUGAUUGCUUCAGAUAUGGAAUGAAUACCUCUUGCUGUCGAGCCAAAACCCUUGUUGAGUAUUUUGGGGAAGAUUUCAGUAAUGAGAAGUGCCUCUUGUGUGAUGUUUGUGUCAAUGGAUCUCCUAGCAAGCAAGAUUUGAAAGAGGAGGCAAAUAUUUUGAUGCAAAUUAUUGCUGCUCGUUAUGCAGAGAACAGUUUCAUGGACUUUUCUUAUGAUGAUCCUCCAUGUAGUAAUAUUGAACGACAAAAAUUCUUAAAGAAGCCAAACCUCAGAACUUUUGUCAAUAAAAUAAGGGAACAGUCUCAAAAAUUCAUAGCUACCGAUCUGCUAUGGUGGAAAGGUCUUGCUCGAAUCAUGGAAGCUAAAGGAUAUAUAAGAGAGGGGGAUCAUAAGAUCCAUGUUCAGAUAAAAUUCCCAGAACCAACAAAGAGGGGAGUGGAGUUUCUCCACUAUGACAGUGGUGAGGCUUUCCAUGUUUACCCGGAGGCAGACAUGCUUCUGUCAAUGAGAAAACCAAGAGCUUAUUCCAGUUUCUCGGACUGGGGAAAGGGGUGGGCCGAUACUGAAAUUCGCCGUCAGCGCUUGGAGAAAAUCCGGUCAUCAAACAGGAAGGCAGGAAAGCCACGAAAGCCAAGAAUGAGGAAAUGGAGAAAACAUUCCUCAGACUUGAGUACUUCUCGUGGUAGAAUCUCUGCAAAACUCUCAAAACUGAAGUGCUCCAGGUUAGUUGAUUAGUCGCAAAGCUUCUUGACGAUAACUGA